UAGAAGAGUGAGGAUUGGAAAUCACAGACUGUCAUCCAAAACUUCUCAUUGUUGACGGCAUUGUUCAUCAUUGGAUGGGGAUCUCUAAACUUGCAAUGUUAUUCUCAGGUUAUCUGAUCCUGUCAUUGGUGUUAAUAGAAGCUUCACAUGUAGAUGAUUGUACAGAAUGGGAGUAUAAACAUAAUGGUUUGUGCUGUCCAUCGUGUGAAGCAGGUUCGAGAGUAUCUCAACACUGCACUCGUCAGACCAGCACAGAGUGUGAACGAUGCCCAGAUGGAGAAUACGCUGACCGUUACACUGGAUCGGAGAAAUGUUUGGAGUGUAGAUCAUGUGAUCAAGAGCCUGGACUACAAACUAAAGAAAACUGUACUGCCUUUCACAAUACGAUAUGUGAGCCCAGGAAAGGGUAUUAUUGCAUUGCUAAUUGUCAGAUGGUCAGAAAGCACUCAGAAUGCCCACCUGGUGAAGGAGUUAAAGAGAAAGGAACACCUUUCAAAGAUACAGUGUGUGAGAAAUGUCCUCACGGAACAUUUUCAAGCAAAGUUUCAACAACUGAAGAGUGUAAGAGCUGGACAGUAUGUGAAACCCUCAAACUUAAACAGGUUGAAGCAGGGAACGCUGAAGCUGACGUGAAGUGUGAAGAAGAGUCCAACCUGAAAGUUGUGGUUGCUGUUGUUGUGGCGAUUGCUGUGGUUGUAAUUCUGUCUGGUAUCGCGGCAGGUGUUUUGUUGAAGAGACACCAAUGUACACCAGGUAAUGGGAACAUUGGAGACACCAGGAAUCACAAUGGAGUUGAGCUGUCGAUUGAGUCUUCGACUGAGCCUCUCAACGCUUCAGGAAAAUUCACAGUGUGAAGUGGGAGAAAUCAUGAGAAACAGCCUGAAACGGGCUGUAAUUCCAUUCCAAUCUCCAAGAUGGGUCAAGUGUUUCAUUCUGUGAAAAAUAUGGACUUCACAUAAUAUACACUAGUUGUGCACUAAACUUGGAAUCACAAAAUAUUCAACUUCAACUAACCAGUUGCAAAUCUCUAAGCACUCAUGUGAAAGAAGUAACAUCAGGAAGUGAAAUAUUAAGUGAAUAUCAGGAAGAAUUUUGACGGACAUAUAAAAAACAAGGAGAUGGCUGAGAUAAGCGUGGAAUCCGAUCCUGGCAAAUUAAUGACAGGAAGCAAAGAGGUGACAAAUACAUAUUUUUCUUACAUCUGUCUUUUCAGCGAGAAUACAGCUAAUAUCCCUCGGAUUACAAAUGGGUUAAUUUAAGGUAACAUGGAGGAAGUGGUUUGCGACACAGAAGCAAAGAACUCUACAGCUCCAGUGAGUGAGAUACAAUUCCCACCAUUGUCCGUAAGGAGUUUGUACGUUCUCCCCGUGACCGUGUUUGGGUUUUCUUCGGGUACUCCCUUUUCUUCCACAUUUCAAAAUUGAUGGACAGAUUAGUAAAUCAUUGGCUUGCUGUGUGCUGGCUCCAGAAGCAUGGGAAUGUGUUUGGGCUGUCCCAGUGCAUCCUUGGAACGUGUUGGUCGUUGGUGUAAACAGUGCAGGUUUCACUGUUUCAAUGUACAUGUGACAACUAAAGCUAAUCUUUAAAAUCCAAAUCACAAUGGACAAAAUGUCAGAGAACCUCACAUGACUGCUUGGAAACCAGCUGGAGGAGCCAUUGGUUUUAAAGGAAAGGGCUGCAGAGAUCAUAUACCUAUUGGUUGAAAAUUUCCAAACCUUACUAAAUUCCAUGGAUUGGAGAGUCCUGGAUUCCAUUGUGUCUAAUGAUGCAGAAGACCACAGAAUUGUGAUGUUGAUUUUGGAUACUGAAUUGUACUGAACAUUAAAUAAAGCAAAUUCUGAUAUGUCUAUCCACGGCCUCCUCUAUGUCAAGAUGAAGCCACACUCAGGUUGGAGGAACAACACCUUAUAUUCCUUCUGGGUAGCCUCCAACCUGAUGGCAUGAACACUGACUUCUCUAACUUCCAUUAAUGCCCCACCUCCCCUCCGUACUCCAUCCGUCAUUUAUGAAUUAUUAUUAUUUUUCUCUCUCUCUCCUUUUUCUCCCUCUAUCCCUCUGACUAUACUCCUUGCCCAUCCUCUGGGCUUCCCCCCUCCCCCUUUCUUUCUCCCUGGGCCUCCUGUCCCAUGAUCCUCUCGUAUCCCUUUUGCCAAUCACCUGUCCAGCUCUUGGCU